CUGUUUAUCGCUAGUGUACCGUAUAGGUCCUUUGAUCCGUACAAUCAGUAUCGCUUUCAAGACGAAGGCCCUAUUCUGGAGCAUGCGGUAAUUGUUUUCGAUAAAGAUGGCAUUGUGAUCAACCGCUGGGGAAAUGAAAUGUUUUAUUUACCUCACGGUAUUCAUGUUGACCAUGAAAACUGUUUAUGGAUCACAGACGUGGCUCUACAUCAAGUAUUUAAGUUUGACUGGAAAAGUAGCUCUCGUCGUCCUACGGUAACAUUGGGUGAGCGAUUCAAGCCCGGCAGUAGUCUUGAUACGUUCUGUAAGCCUUCUGCAGUCGCCUCAACAACCGACGGACUUGUGGUUGUCGCUGACGGCUACUGCAACAAUCGCAUAAUGCUGUUUCGCAGUUCUGGAAAAUUUGUCAGCAGCUGGCCGCUAAAGCAGAUUUCAGGCGUGGACUUCUUUCGAAAUUCGCUGCACGUCCCGCACGACCUAUCCAUAGACGAAGAACGCAAACUGGUGUACGUGGCAGACCGAGAGAACGGUCGCGUUGUCAUCGUUGACUUCAACGGCACGGUCGUGGGCCUUAUAUCUGAUCAGAGAUUCGGAGGUGCUGUGUACGGAGUCGCCUACUGCGCUGCCUGUACUUAAGU